CGGACAUCGUGGACAAAUGAAGGGCCCGUGAAUCCAGGAUGGCAGCACCGUCACCACAUCCAAUCCAUUUUUCUCCCCAAAUUCCAAGGCCAAUUUCUCCGUCACCGUCUUCGUCGCCAUGUACGCCGCCCCGAACGGCUUCACCGCCCUCAAAAACUCCAGAUCGCUCCACGACCCCUCGUCCACCGGUCCCCCGUCGCCGGAGAAAACUCCGCCGUUGAAAACCGCCGUCCCUAUGGUGGAGGUGUAGACCACGCGCCGCACGGUUCCGGCGUCGACGCACGCCUGCAGGAUGGCGCGUGUCCCGCUGGUGACCCGCCGGAUCUUCACCUCCUCCGGUUCUUUCUCCUCGAAGUCCAGCGGCGUCGCGACGUGGAAGACCCCGGCGCAUCCGUCGAUGGCGGCCGCGAAGGCUUCGGGGCGGUCGAGGUCGGCGGAGAAGAUCCGGAGGCGGUCCGACGCGCCGGGGAGGCUCGUGAGUUUAAUUUAGUGGUCAGUGGUGAUAAU